GAAGAGCUGCAGGCUGGAGCCACAGAGUUCUUCCUGGUAACAGCUGAUGCUGCAGGUCAUGUGACCUGUGCUCUGGUUCUUAGAGCCGCUCUCAGUCAGACUGUCAGAGUCAGUCAGGAGAACUCAGGAACAUGGCUUCAUCCUUCCUCUGCUUCACCCUCCUCUUCAUCACCAUCUACACUGCAGAUGGAUUCAUGAUGUAUAGAGUGGAUCGCUGUGACUUUAACUCCACUGAGCUGAAGGACAUCGAGUUCAUCAGCUCUUACUACUACAAUAAGAUCGAGGUCAACAGGUUCAGCAGCAGUGUGGGGAAGUUUGUUGGAUUCACUGAGUACGGAGUGAAGAAUGCAGAGUACUGGAACAAUGACGCUUCAUUCAUGAGUCAAGUGAGAGCUUCUAAGGAGACGUACUGCCAACACAACAUUGGGAUCUGGUACAGCAACGCUCUGACUAAAUCAGUUCAGCCCUACGUCAGACUUCGGUCCACGACGCCUCUCUCCAGUCACCAUCCUGCCAUGUUGGUCUGCAGCGUCUACGACUUCUACCCCAGUGAGAUCAAAGUGAGCUGGCUCAGAGAUGGACAGGAAGUCACCUCUGAUGUCACUUCCACUGAGGAGAUGGCAGAUGGUGAUUGGUACUACCAGGUCCACUCCCACCUGGAGUACACGCCCAGGUCUGGAGAGAAGAUCUCCUGUGUGGUGGAGCACGCCAGCCUGAAGGAACCUCUGAGAACUGACUGGGACCCGUCCAUGCCUGAGUCAGAGAGGAACAAGCUCGCCAUCGGAGCCUCAGGACUGAUCCUGGGUCUGAUCUUAUCUCUGGCUGGAUUCAUCUACUACAAGAGGAAGGCCCGAGGUCGUAUCCUGGUUCCCACUAACUGAUCCUGGAUCCUGGAUCCUGGUCCUGUUUGUGUCUGAUGGAAUAAGAAGCAGCUGCUUCCUGUGUUCAGCAGACUGAUGAUCUGUCUGAACCUGAUCCAGGACCAUCUCAGUACUGCUGGUGAUUGUUGUGGUGUUCACUGGGAUGGUCCUGGAUCAGGUUUCAUGUGGACUCUGCUGUUUGAUGCUUUACUGUGUAACUGCUGAUGAAUCCAUGUAAUCCAGAUCUCAGUGAUUUUGGUUUCUCUGCUUAUCUGAUUCACAUUUAUAGAUUUUUACAGGAUGUCUUCAAACCAAAAUAAACAAACUCUCA